AUGCCAGAAACACUUUGGGAAAUUGCAGUACAGCAGAAUAGAACUAAGUCAGUACAAAUAGGUACAGAAAACACAUUAAUUUUUGCUGGGAACAAAGGAUCAGGGAAAAGUACAAUUAUCAACCGAUUUCUCGAAAAAGACGAAACUCCUAAAUCCACUCUAGCUCUUGAUUAUAAUUUUGGACGGAAAGGUGCCGGAAAUUAUCAUACUCGAGUUGUGUCGCAUAUAUGGGAGCUAGGGGGUGGUAUCAGACUUUCAGAUCUAAUUGGUGUCGUAAUGACACCCAAUAACAUUUUGAAUCUUCACCUGAUUUUAGUUAUUGAUCUAUCCAAACCAGAGGAACUUUGGGAUACUGUGGACACUUUGUUGAAGUCAGCUUCCGCUCGUGUUGAUCAGAUUAUAAACCGUCUCCACCAAAAAAACAUAACGCGCAUCCAAAAUAUUUUUAGUGAAAAGUGGAGAAACCGAAUUCCACCAACACAUCCUGACAUAGAACUGUUGAACCCCUUUCCUUUACCCCUCACAUUCUUGGGGUCAAAACAUGACCUUUUGAUGACCCGAGACGCUGAACAGCAAAAUCUAAUUUGUAAAACAAUCCGCUUUCUCAGCCAUUUUUAUGGAGCGUCUGUUUAUUUUUCCUCCACCAAAGAAGAUGGGACACUUAAAAGGAUAAGGGCUGUUCUCAAUCACAUCGCUUUCAAUGGCAAGGACAUAACCAACGUCCAAAUGGAAACAGGGAAACCGUUGGCAAUCCCAGUUGGUGUCGACUCAUUCUCAAAUAUCGGAACACCACCAUAUGCAAAUAUAGAAAUAGGACGUCUUACUGCAAAAUCUCCAUUGGAAAUGUGGAAAAAUAUUUUCUGUAGUAAAUUUCCUCAGAAAUCUGGAUUAGCACUCUCAUUGAAUAAUAUAACACAUAAUUUAACAGAUCCAAGUAAAGAUUCACAAUAUUCUGAACCACUUAUUGAUUCUGCUCGAAAAGUAAAAGAUGAAGAGUUGGAAAGUAAACGACGUCAAAAUGAACGACAUAUGUACAAUUUAUUACAACAACUUACUUCAGAAGGAUUAAUUAUUGUUUAA